UGAGACUUUCAAUUUCGAUCUGCUUUGUCCGAAAACGCGGAAGUUGCAGAAAGCAGUGCAUGAGAGGUACGUGUUUAAUCUACCCUUUCCAACUCGUUUCAGUGUUUCAAACAGAUAAAGCGGUUUCUUUCACUUUACGUUCCACUGAAUAAAGGGUUAUCUACGUCCAUGACGUAAUAUUUUACAUUCCAUUACCAAUUUCGUAUUUUUCGAGUACAUACCAUCUUCAACUAGAACAAGUUUCGGACUUUUAGCAUCUCAUGGAUAGGAAGUUUGUUUCGAAAAAAGGACCAGCAUCACCUCGCAGUCAAACAUCUGAGGAGGAAGAUGUAUUUGACUACGCAGGACUAGAAGACUAUAGUAAUGAAAGUGGACCUGUGCCGAGAGAAGCAUACAUUGCUUUAAGAACAGGUAUUUGGUUCAUGGGCAUUACAUUUAAUUUUACAUAGUCCUAAAGGUAAUAAAGAUUUUGUAUUUGUCAACUUAGCAGUAUAAAUUAAACGAGAUAUAGAAUUAAAGGGGGUAAGUUUCUAAAGAAACUGUGUUGCUGCGUCGGUGGGAGAGUACAACAGGGUAAUUUAGUGUUGUCAACUGAGUUGAAAACGUAAAAUGGCCACCGUAAGGGUUUUAAAGGCUGACGUUUCGAGCGGUAGCCCUUUGUCCGAGCGAUUGCAGGAAUUAUGGGUUGUGUGUGGGUUUAUGUGGGAAUGUGGUGACGAGAAAACGAGGAUAAAUUAUUCAACUAAUUUAUUUUCGUUAUUCUCGUUUUCUCGUCACCAUUUUCCCACCUAUAGCAAAGCUCCAUUUUCUGCGUAUAAACCCACACACAACCCACACUUCUUCCAAUUGCUCAGACGAAGGGCUAACGCUCGAAACAUCAGCCUUUAAACUCUCUUUGGUGGCCUAUUUACUUUUUCAACUCAGUUGAUAACACUAAAUUACAGAGAUAUAGAAAGAUGUGGGUUUGUAGAUUUUGGUGUGAGAUUUAGAUGGUAUAUCUAUGGCUUGAGUAAAUGAUGAUUAUUCAUAAUUAUUUAGUUGUUAUCCAGGGGCUGGGAAAGUUAUUUUCCCUUGAACGUGUGCUGAUAAUGAAGGGGACAGAUAAAAGGUUGCAUAAUCUAACAGGAACAACUUUUUAUGUCCAUCAGUGAUGGAAAUUUCUCCAGUGAGACUUUCAACUGCACUGUAGGACAAGCUCUUGCUUUGACAUCGUUUGUCUGUAAACCUUGAUAACCAUUCCGUUCUUUCUCUCAGCUGGAUACAUUAAACAAUUGUACCCAAUCAAUCCCAUUUAAAAUUAGCUUGAAACAACAUUUUGACUGUAUAUCAAAUAGCAAUUUCAACAGAUAGACAUCUUAAAAAUGCCUUGAGGGACCUGGUACAGGGAUUCACCAACCCUGUACCAGGUCCCUCAAGGAGCAUGUUGUUUAGCGAAGCCUCAAUCUUUGUUCUUGCUGUGUGAGAUGCAAAACCAAAGACCUUCACAAAUAAUUCAAAGUUGUACCUAUGCAAACCUUUUUUCUUUCCAUGAUGGGAUGAGGAGAUCAUUGAUCUGUGUGAAAAUGACAGUAGACAUCCCAAAAGGUACAAGAUACAGGGUUGGCCAAUCAGAGCAUUCAUUUGGAUGCUGUAUUAGCAAGGAGGGGUGUAUUUUGUGAUUACUUGUGUUUGAUUAAUUUUGUGAUUGUGACUGUGAGUAUGCGUGAUCAAAUUUGCAUUUGUAAGAAAAUUGGAACAGUUUCUACAACCAGUAUUACUCCUGAAACUGUUAAUGUGUAAGGAAUUCUUGUUUUGUGUUGACUUGGUUGGUAUACUUUGUUAUGGGUCAGCAGGGCAUUUGAUGCCCAGCUGUUGGGUAUUUAAACAGCUUUCUAUGAUUUAUCAAUCAAUAAGUAAUAAUUGCUGUAGUCGUAAGUUUUGAUAUCAAAGAGUAAAUAUCAUUAAUUAUCAUUCCAACAAAGAGUGGCUUUUAUAAGUCCAGGUUCUGGCUAACUGAAAACAUAAGUUUUUAGGAAGUUUUUCAGUGAGAUCCUUUUCAUCUUUGUAUCUUUUUGUUAGUUGGUUUUCCCAGAGUUGGGUAUCAAAUUAUUGUUAUUAUUGGGAUAGUGGCACUAACAUUCUGUUCAAACUUUGUUUUUAAUCGAUGUAUGCUUCCUUUAAUUCAAAUGAUAAUGAUGCACCUCACUUCAUUACAAGUACACCCUGUUUAAUAACCUCUUAGUUUCCUCAGCAAAAUGUAAUUUAUUACAGUUGUAAGGAUUAAAUAUUUUUCUUUCUCAAAUAUCUCCUCAUCAGCAUUUCGUACUGUUGAGAAGCGUUUACAUGGGGCUGAGGCAAAGGUAUCUGAGCUAACAGCAAAAUCAAAACAGAGAGAUAGAAAAGGAUCUCAUGAACAAGUGUAUAAAGAAAGAGAUGCUCUCUUGAGUCAUUUACAUAACAGCUAUCUUGCUUUUGAAGAAAAAUUUGGAGAGAAUGAAAAAUUGAAGAAGACGAUACAAGAAUUACAGCUUUCUCAGAAACAAACACAAGGAGGCACUAUGCAGGUGUGUAAUUUCAAUACCUUUUUUUUUUCAUCACAAUCUUUAUGUUCAGAAACAGAGGGUAGAGGUUACUUAUACAUGUAUCCUUUCAUUCAUCAGUCAAUUUUUGUGAGUGUGUGGUUCCUGUUGUUUCUUUGAAUUUCUCUUCAUCUAUCUGUCUUGAUUUUGUUGCUGGAUUUUGAUGCCAGGGUUCCAUUUCUGGCUGUCAUAAUCAAUCACAUAGUUACUAUUUUGAUUACCUGUGUGUCACUCUUAGUCUGCCUAAUUUUCUGUAUGUUGAACAUUGUCUGACACUCUGUAACUACUUGAGUAUCUGGUUGUCUAAUUUCAUGUUUCUCUGCCUGGAGGUCUGUCUGAAAUCAUUUCUGCCAGAAGGUCUGUCUGAUGGCAUGUCUGUCAUUAGUUUUUGAUGGCAUGUCUGUCGGAAGGUCUGUCAGACUCAGCCUUGCAUUGUAAUUUUAGUUUCCACAGAUAAGAAGACAAAUCAAUUUAAAAACCUUUCAUAAUUUUUCUCAAAACUUCUUCUAAAAAUUUUUCACAUUGGCUAGUCAUUUACUCAUUCACUCUGUAGACAAAGUAAUUGAUAAGUAAGUAAGUGUUUUAGUUCGCUAUCGAUGCAGAACUAGAUAUUCUAUUGAAAAUAUUUUAUUUUCUCCUUGUCUGUUCGUCAUUGGUUUUAUUUAUUUUAUUAACUCAAUUGUUUAGGCCAAAGGUGGCGCUUCGUCUGAGUCGACCUCCGGAAAGGAAGAACAACAAGAAGAAAAAAAAUAUACAGAUUUAGGCGAGGAGUUGAAAACCAUGGGUUUAGAAGUUAAGGAAGAAAAUAACCGGCUAUGGAUUAUCAUAGUGGAUAGGGAUAAUCUGAAAAAGUGGAUUGAGGAAAAGUCGGAAGGAUAUAUAACUGUUACAAUACAGGGAAGAACUAGAGGAAAUAACGCGAACAAAACAGGAGCAGUGGUAUCUCGUACAGGGGGAUGUGAACUGUCAGAUGGAGGACGGAAAAAUGCUGAAGCGGAGGCUAUAUUAUUGAAACAUAAAAUUGAAGAUCAGGCACAGGAACUGAAUCGGUUUUACAAGAUAUUUAAGGAGGUAAUGGUUCAAAAUAAAGAAUUACGAACCAAGGAACAGAGGAAGGAAGCAGAAGCUGGCGGAGUGACUGAAGGUAGAGUUGUUACGUUUGUAUUUAUAUCAGAAACUUAUCUAAGGAAAUAGGAAGAAUAAAACGAGAGAUCGUGGUAAAGCGCUUUCUGUGGCAAUCAAGUGUUCAGAUUUGUUUGUUUGGCGUUUCUGCGCCUGCUGUGGACCGUAAGCGCCUUGCUACGAUGUUUUGCAAGUCCGUAAACCUUCCCCCAAGCCCCUCACGGUUUUCAAAAUGGCGGACUAUCAUUGUCUCCUCUUACUCGACUCGUGUAAUCUGGUUCAACUCCGACUUUAGCCAUCAUUGAACGAAUCUGAUCGGGUUUCUCCGGAUUCAUUUUUGGUUUUGUGUUUGUUCAGGGUCUCACCUCAGCAUUUCGAAUUGUGGUUUUAGUCGACUUAGUCGGCAGCUUUGCUAGACUUUGACUUCAUCCAGUCUCUCUUUCACUCAGACUUUUCUGAUAAAAUAAGUUUACAUUUAUUCAAUUUAAUAGGGCAAAGCAAGGGAGCGAUAUUUACGAUAUAUUCUUCGUCUAAAGUUUGUUUAUUUUCCUUUAUGUCCACAAGCUUCAAAACCAGAAGAAGCCCCUGCAAAAAGAACAGUCUUGCCAACAAAAACAGAUGCUGUACUUCAGAAGAGAGUAGAGACCAUGUUGUCUACAGCCCAAGAACAUGUAGCGGAAAUGAAAAAAGUUCGAGAACUCUUGAAUUCACAAAAUAAUAGCUUGCAAAAGCUGGCGGAGCUUACGGAGAAAACAAAUGAAGAUUUCACGAAAUUAAUCAAAACUUCGCAAGCCAGGCCAGCCGGAGCUGAAUCUUCGGGAUAUUCAACAGAAACCCGCACUAGAUGGCCGCAGGAGAGAGAGAUAACAUUUACCGAAAGGCAUCGAUUCGAACAAGUGGGAAAUUUCGAACGGUUAGUCGCUGAAGAUGCUCCUCUAAGCGUUCCCGUUCAAGCCGUACAAGAAGCAUCAGAAUACCACCGACUUAAUGAUCAAGAUGAAAUUGGAGCUACUGGCUUUGGUCGAAGGUUGAGUAAAGAAAAAUAUUCAUCUCCGAUCUCGAGGGCUUCUUCGGGUGGAGCCGAAGGAAGGGCAGUUCCCAUGGGAACAUUUUUGUCCGAGAACACGGGGACUGGAGAGAGUGAUAUUGAAAUUAUCGAUGAGGAGGAUUUCAUUGGUGCAACUCGCGUAGUCGGCAAAAUAUGUCCAAUGUGUGAGAAGUUUUUUCCUGAAAGUUAUGGUCAGAGAAAUUUCGAGGAUCAUGUGCAACAACAUUUUGGUGACGAUUCGUAGUAACUAAUUUGGGAAAACCCCUUUUCCACCAAUAGUCAAUCACCUUUUUGAUGUAUUUUCCUUCUAGGAAAGCACAUAUUAAACAAAUCCAAGGUUAUCUUUUUUUUUCCUUUUUUUAAACUAUCUGGUGAGUUUUUUUCUAGUAAAAGUUUGCUUAAUGGAUUAGCCUCUUUGAUAGACAGGAAUUGUCGUUCUCAUUAUUUUUUUCGUGGCCCGGUGGAUGGUGAGGGAAAUAGUUAAGCGGGUAUAGGGGAUCAACUUAGACCAGCCAAGAACAGACUGCUUUAAGUCCAAAUAACUCGGACCGAAAAUGAGACAUUUGAAUUGAUCUUCGUCGACUACUACUCAUGUUCGACGCGUUCUACGUUUUGGCUCUUAAUCAUUACUAGAAACUAUGGUCCUAAAAUAGCGAAUUUGUUCGUAUGUUCUGCUUUGUUAGAUUUUUUCCCUUUUCCAUUCAAAAACACUUACGUUAGAGCGAUUCGGAAACUUUGUCCUUCAUUUACGAUAAAAGUAAGUUUUCGAUGACUGACAAUCGCAUCCUAGGCGGAAAAUAAUAGAAAAAACCCGCUGUUUAUCAAACUGUCGUGGACUUAAUAUGAAGCGAAAUGUGUGUUGAUUAAGUUUUAGCGAGAUAUAAACAACUAAUUUUCUACAAUAAAAUCGAACGCAUAUGGCCAUUACAGAUCCAAUGCAUGGAAUAGCCAGGUUCAAGUAUGCGCGCGCUAAGUGUGAUAUCAGAACAAUAACUUAGAGGCCUUUGUUUCUUAGUUCCACCAUGACGAGUUAAUGAGCUAAGGCAGUAUUCCCCUCGGAGGAAAGCGCGCGCGAUCUUCGACCAACGAGAGCCUUCCUGGUUACGCUACGCCGCAAAUAUUACAGAUCUAUAAUAUUUUCGCCACUUCAAGUAAAUGUCGCGAGAACGAUAAGCAUUCUGCCCAAUGAUAAUGUAGCACUAAAAUUUAGGGUAUAGAAAUUGACAAAAUCUUCAACAACGGAAGGACUGAUUCUUUUUGUUGUUCAUCAUUGUAAAUCAGCGAUUUUUUUUUAUCUUGAGUCAGAUGGGUAAUAACCUGAUGUGUAGGUCAUUUAGUGACGUGGACCGUUUUUAAAGGAAGGGGCGAACGUAAGGGUUUCGAAACGGAAAUGCUACGCCUUUAUAAUUCUGUUUACGUCAUUUGACAUCAAAAUAUGUUUGUGGAUUUUUUGUUUCAGGCCGCGGCAGAGAAAUUUCUAGAAUUAAGCUGUGAACGAAUCGGAAGUCACGUUCUGUUACUCAGAUGCAAAGGUGAAGUGUAACUUAGAGCGUUUAUAUCUUGGCGAAGAAAUUAAACUGGCAUAACCACG